GGGUAGAGAGAGAGAGGGGGUGUGAGUGGCGGGAGCGAGAGACCGAGGAGCGUGUCCCCUUCCCAGCGUCGCCGCGUUAUAUUUUUUUUUCCGUCGAGCCCCGAGGCCCGGAGGAGACAUGGCGAACGUGUCCGACUGCGUGGUGAUAACCGAUCAAGAAGAGGGAUAUGACUUAGAUAAGUUUUGUAUCCCUAAACAUUAUUCCGAUGAUUUAGAAAGAGUCUAUAUUCCUCAUGGGCUAAUCAUGGACAGGACUGAACGUUUGGCCAGAGAUAUAAUGAAAGCUAUGGGAGAUCACCACAUUGUAGCCCUCUGUGUACUCAAGGGUGGCUAUAAAUUUUUUGCUGAUCUUUUAGACUACAUCAAAGCACUGAAUCGGAACAGUGACCGAUCUAUCCCAAUGACAGUAGACUUCAUCAGACUGAAGAGUUACUGCAAUGAUCAGUCAACCGGUGAUAUAAAAGUAAUCGGUGGAGAUGAUCUUUCUACAUUAACUGGAAAGAAUGUCUUGAUAGUUGAGGACAUUAUUGACACUGGCAAAACUAUGCAAACCCUUCUCAAUAUGUUGAAGGAUUACAAACCCAACAUGGUUAAAGUAGUGAGUUUGCUGGUUAAAAGAACACCACGGAGUGUAGGUUAUCGACCAGAUUUCAUAGGCUUUGAAGUCCCUGAUAAGUUUGUGGUGGGAUAUGCCCUGGAUUAUAAUGAAUACUUUAGAGACUUAAAUCAUAUUUGUGUGAUUAGUGAAGGUGGAAAAAGGAAAUACAAAGCCUAAAGACUACUCCCUGACCAAAGGAGCUACAGAUUGUUUACAAGCUCCUUCAUUUGACAGGAAGUUACUGUCAAUCUCAUCUUGCUGUGUGCUCAUUGCAGUUUAUGAAUUUAGAUUUUAAAGGGUCCAUCAUGAUCGUGCUUAAGACACUUUAUUUUUGUACUGUUAAACAUAAAAAUUGCAUCUAUUCAAUUCUAUCAUUGCAUUUAAUUGUGAAGUUAUUACUCAAAUUCAGUGAACUUUGUUUUGGUAGGAAUCUGAAAAUGAAUACACUUACUAAAGAAGAAUUCUGAAAUAUCAAGUAAUUAUAAUGCUAGAAAAUAUAGGCAAUGCCACUUUGAAUUUAACACUUUUACCAGGUCUAUCUGAACAUGGCACAUCUUGUUAAUUUUCUUUUUUUCUUAAAAUUUUCUUAACAUUUGUGGAACUAUAGCAAAAUUAUCUAAGAAAGAAUAAGAAACAAAUGAAUUUGUCAUCUUUUCCACACAGUCUAGAGAUGCUUAACAUUGAACUAAUAAUUUAUGAUGCAAAUUCUGACGUUUUCAAACUAAAUUAUAUGAGAAAGACUGAGGUGAUUAUGUGGAUUUCUGCAAAUAUGCUGUAACCAUUAACUGGUACGAUAUCUGAAUUGUGGGGAAAAUUGAAAGCCAAUUGCUUUCUAUGGGGCUAGGGUGAAAAAAUAAAAUAUUAGCUCAUUCCUCAGUCCAUUGCCUUGUUUAAGAAUGGCAUUGUCAGUGUUAGGAGUAGUAUACUUACCCAUCUACCUCAGCACGGGUGACUUCAGCUUUGGUAGAGACUAUAGGGUAAAAUCAGGAUGGUGGAGAAAAAUCAAGGAGCUGUCAUGUCAAAGAUAAUUGUAAUCUAUAAGUUGUUACUGUAGGAGAUUUAUUAUCUACUUUUCAAAAGGUGUGUAAUAUCAAAGGGAACAGAUUUGCAGUCCAGUAUGGGAACCCACAAACUCCAUAUUUAAAGUAUCUGAUGGGUGCUUAUUUCAAAAUCAAGUCCAUGAGACAGUCGUAUUUUAAUUAUUGGUAGAACCUCACCCUGCAGAUACCUCAGUAAUCCAGGUCACUCACUAUUCAAAUUGUUUUCACAAAUUUUGCUUUUUUCCCCCUUAUUUGAUAUAGUUGAUGACAAAAAUCUCAAAUUAUCGAAUAAUGGACCAAAUAACCCCCUUGACUACCCUUAAUAACCAGUUUCUAGAUAAUUAUAUAAUUUACCUCCAGAAUGGGAUCUUAUGAUGCAAUUGAUGUGACAUUCUUCACUUAAACUACAAAAAUCCUUGUAUUUUCUGGUCGAAGAAGUAAGUGGGUCCCAUCCAAUGGCCAUUGAUAAUCCCUCCCUUUUUCACCAUAACAAAGAAACUUUUGUUUUACCUUCAUUCAACUUCCAUCUACAAAACCAAUUGCAAAUCAGUGAGGAAAGGUUUCAAUUCCAUUGUAUUCUUGGGAGCUUAGCGCCAUAUGAAUCCAUCGUGAUUCAACAUCUUUUCCCAACACUUCCACAUUAUAUGUGCAUCAAAGUCCAUCCACAUCAUAUGUAAUGAUUAUAAGGCAUUACAAUAUUCACUCUUAUUUUUCUCUUAACACGCUUUCAAUGUAUCACAAGCUGUUAUUUAAAUUAUUUUAGCAAUCAUCAUUGCAGCUUAUAAAACACCACCUGAAAUUUAUUUUAACAUUGUAAUAGAACAGUUCAAAGCAGUGAGAUCUAUGUUCCAUAAAAACAACUGAAUCAAGAUGAUGGUUUUUUAAAUUUUAGUUAUUAAUAUUUGCAUCUGAAUCAAGCUCAGGUUGAUGCCAAUGAAAUCUGCUUUGAAUAUUUCAACUAUUGCAAUUUGUUUUGCACCUUUCAUAAAUGCAAAGUGAGGUCAAAGAGGUACAUGCCUUGAAUGAGGGGAGGGAGAGAGUCUGAGGGACUCUAGGAUCAUGAUCUACAGAAUGGCUGAAAGCCAAUCAAUGGUGGUGUGAUGCGGGGUGAGAUGAGAGAACCUUUGAAACAAGUUGAUCAAAAGAAUAUUGAUAAAUGUUAAAUUCUUUAUAAAGCGUUUCUAUUAUUGCUAUCAGAAUAUUUAUAUUGAUUUUAUGACUUAUUUAUGACAUGGAUAUGGAUAUCAAUUGAUUGUAAUCUAGUUUAUCAAAAGUGAAAUCAAAUACUUUUAUUGUGUUGCUCCUUAGGAUUGCUUUGUAAGCUGUAUUUGUAAUGUAAAUCAAUCUGUGCUUGUGCUGGCUAACAUUUUUAUUUUUCUGUGUAAAAAUGUUUGAGCAAGUAUUGAAAGCUAAUGAUGCUGCUAAAAUGAAAUUUACUUUACUGAAUGAAUGAGUUGAUGAUUUCUUCUGUUUUGGGGAACUGUUAUAUACUGCAUUAUAUAAAUCAGUUUUGUGCUUACAAAAAAUCACAAUCUGUUUUUUCAAAGGAACCAGCAGAGUUAGGCAUAAUUUGUAAAUGCCCUUUCAUUUUAAAAUUGAAACCAUGAGAUCCUCUUUAUUUGAAGUCUGGAUGUUCAAUCUUAUUCAAUUUAAAAUAAUAAUAAUAAUAAUCCUU